AUGCUUUACCACCUAUCGAAUUGCCUUCUCUGCGUUUUUUCUCUUUCUUUAUUCUCUUCUUUUAUUUCUUUCUUAAUUUUAUUUCACAUUUCUUUUGUUCUUCUUCUGUGUCUCUUUCUUUCUUCCUUUCUUCCUUUCUUUCUUUCUUUCUUUCUUUUUCUUGGGCUUUUUGCUCAAGUAUGUCUUGAUAGGCUUUAUCGCCUAUACAAUUGUAUCCUUUGGCCUUCUUUCUUUUCCUUUUUUUUCUCUUGUUCUGUUUCUUACUUUUCAUUCCUUUCUUCUCUCUUUCUAUUUCUUUCCUUCUUUCUUUUCCUCUCUCGUUCUGUUUCUUUCUUUUCUCUUCCUUUCCUCUCUCGUUCUCUUUCUUUCUUUCUUUCAGGCUUUUUUCUCAAGUAUGUCUUAAUAGUCUUUAUCGCCUAUACAAUUGCCUCCUUUAUUUUUCUCUCUCUUUCUUUUUUCUUCCGUUCUAUUUCAUUCUUAAUUUUGCUUUACACUACUUUCUUUCCUCUUCCAUUGCUCCUUAUUUUUCUCUUUAUCUUUCUUUUUCUUUUCAACUCUAUUCUUUCUCUUUCUUUCCUGUCUUUCUUUUCCAAUUUUUUUUCUCCUUUACGGUAUGACAUUUCUGAUUCCCCGCCAUGCAGCCAAAUAGUCGCCAUUACCUUGUAA